GACGUUUUCACCGUGACAACUCAGCUACACACACAUGCGCCAUGUUUAGCUAGAGAAAACAAAAGGUGAAAAUUCCAUUGCUGAAUGUUCAUAAUAACAAAUUGCAUACGCGAAAAGAAAAAGAAAAAAACGAGUAUGAGAAAGGAAACUUGGAGUGGCUGACAGUACUUUCUGGAGGUUGCUACAAUGCCCUUUCCGACUGCAAACCAGGCACUAGCGGCACAGCAAACCCUUAAGCACUAUGGGAUCACUUCUCCAAUCAGUUUGACUCUGCCCAAGGAGGCUGACCUGGUACAGACACACAAGCUGACAGAGACCCUGAAUCCCUAUGGCGUGUUUGAGGAGGAACUGGAGCUACAGCGGAGGAUCCUUGUGCUGGGGAAGCUCAACACUCUAGUAAAAGAGUGGAUCAGGGACAUCAGUGAAUUAAAGAACUUGCCUGCAUCGUUGAUUGAAACAGUUGGAGGAAAGAUCUUCACGUUUGGCUCCUACAGGUUGGGAGUUCAUACUAAAGGUGCUGACAUUGACGCUCUGUGUGUCUCUCCUCGUCACGUGGAGAGAACUGACUUUUUCACCUCCUUCUAUGAGAAGCUCAAAGAGCAAGAAGAAGUUAAAGAUUUAAGGGCUGUGGAAGAGGCGUUUGUUCCAGUUAUAAAAUUAUCCUUUGAUGGCAUUGAGAUUGACAUCCUGUUUGCUCGGUUAGCUUUGCAAACCAUCCCUGAGAAUUUGGAUCUCCGAGAUGAUGGACUCCUGAAAAACCUGGACAUUCGCUGUAUCAGGAGUCUCAAUGGUUGCAGAGUUACAGAUGAGAUCCUCCAUCUUGUGCCCAACAUUGAGAACUUCAGACUGACUCUGAGAACUAUCAAGCUAUGGGCCAAACGACACAACAUCUACUCUAACAUCCUGGGCUUCCUGGGCGGGGUGUCGUGGGCCAUGCUGGUGGCCAGGACCUGCCAGCUCUACCCCAACGCUGUGGCCUCCACCCUGGUGCACAAGUUCUUCCUGGUCUUCUCCAAAUGGGAGUGGCCUAACCCUGUCCUGCUGAAGCAACCAGAGGACUGCAACCUGAACCUGCCAGUGUGGGACCCCAGGGUGACUCCAAGUGACAGGUACCACCUCAUGCCCAUCAUCACCCCGGCCUACCCCCAGCAGAACUCCACCUACAACGUGUCAGCUUCCACUCGCGCCGUCAUGGUGGAUGAGUUCAAGCAGGGCCUUGCCAUCACAGACGAAAUAUUGCAGAAUAAAGCAGAGUGGUCCAAACUAUUUGAAGCACCAAACUUCUUUCAGAGAUACAAGCAUUAUAUUGUGUUGCUAGCAAGCGCACCCACAGAGAAGCAGCACCUUGAGUGGGUGGGUCUGGUGGAGUCAAAGAUCCGGAUCUUGGUGGGCAAUCUGGAGAAGAACGAGUUCAUCACUCUGGCCCAUGUCAACCCACAGUCCUUCCCUGGACCCAAGGAAGGAGCAGACAAGGAGGACUUCAGCACCAUGUGGGUCAUCGGGAUCGUCUUUAAGAAAAUGGAGGGAUCAGAGAACCUGAAUGUGGACCUAACAUUCGACAUCCAGUCCUUCACUGACACGGUGUACAGACAGGCGAUCAGCAGCAAGAUGUUUGAGCAGGACAUGAAGAUUUCAGCCAUGCACGUGAAGAGGAGACAGCUCCACCAGCUGCUGCCUAACCUGACCAUCCAGAAACGUAGAAAGCAUUCGACAGAGGGGCUCCGUCAGAUGAAUGACAGCAGUAUGGACCUAUCGCUGGACAGCGACAACAGCAUGUCAGUUCCCUCCCCCACCUCGGUCACUCCGACCAAGGGAGCCCCACUGGGCCCUCCUCCCCACCCAGGUGUUCCAGUCUCAGAGCUCACCAGAGAGGCAGAGGGGACCAGGCCCACCAUGACCCGCCAGCGCUCCCUCUCCUCCUCCCUCCCACCCAGCCAGACGCCCCCUCCCACCAUGGGCCCCCCAGCCGCCAAAAGACCAGGCUCCCCCCUACUGGACGAGACCACUGCCAAGAAAUUCAAAGUGGACGAGGAAGCAGCCACUGAGACGGAGACCUCCGGAGAGCCUUCCGACGUCACCGCCAGCCCAGUGAAGGCCCCCAUGCCCAGCCAGACGCCCGCCCAGACCCCCUCUCCUCCCCUGGGCCUCCCAGCCGGAACGGGUUCAAGCUCUCCUCAGCUGGAGGAGCCUGCAGCAGAUGAACUCAGUGUAGACGAGGGACUGAUCUCAGAGCCUAAACCAGAAGGGGAGAGUAUGGACAUCUCUGCUGUCGACCCCGAGAUAACCGAGGAAACGUCUCAAGGCGAAGUGAAUAUGGAGGCUCAAAUGAAGAAAAUGGCGGCAGCAGAUCUCUCAGACGUCCCCCUGCUCCCCUCUAACCCCAUCCCUGUGGUGAAGAACUCCAUCAAGCUUCGCCUGAGCAGGUAGAAGCAGACCACCAGACCCAGACCCCCCCCCCCCCCCCCCACUCCCCCCAGUCCCUGCUACCGCCCCUCUACUAGUGCACCUCCAGUGGUACGUGUCACCACAGCCAGGAGAUGCCUACACUGCGGUACAGAGAGACAGACAGACAGACAGACAUGGAGCCACAGGAAGAGAUGUCCUGCUGCUCACUGGUGAGAUUGAUCUGACCCGCUGCAGGACACAGUUUCACCCUCUAGGGGGCGAUAACGCCCUUCUGCUGGAUUCUCUCAUGUCGCCACCUCCCAUGAGCCCUCAGGAGAAGUGGACGGCAGAAACAAACUCUCUACCUGGGGAAACCUUCCAGGAAGAACAGGGCAUCUUUAGCCAACGCUUUGCUUUUUCCAGGUAAACGAUGAUGCACAAAUCUGAUGUCACACUCCCAUGACACGUGCACGUCUGUGCUUUCUCUUUUUAUUUUUUUUCGGGGUGCACACAUAUGCUGUUUGAAUUCCUCUCCCUCGCUCUGCCACUCUUUCUGCCUCUCUUUCUGUCUCUCUCAUCGUGUUUGUUUAGAGAAAAGACAACGAUGACAAAUGUCUAUUUGAUAAUGUGGUUCUUUCUUUGUCAAAAGUGAUUGAUGGUGUCGCAAGUUGUAUCUGUGUUACCUUUUAGGAGGGGGGGGGGGAAGAAAGGUAAAUACGUUUCUUCAGGUGUUUGUUACAGUUAAGUGGUGAGUUUCCUGAAACCUGAUGUUACCUUCAAAUCACUGUUU